AUGGACAUCGCACUCGUUGAUGCCACGGAUGUAGUUCCACACCCUGACAACGUGUGUGUGCCGGAUUAUAAACUCGUGUCUCUAGAGACACUGAAGACUUGGGCAGACGUGGAAGCCCUCUUUGCCAAUGCUCAUCAGGCAGAUGUAACCCAAAUAGUCACCAAAUUUGGUCGAGGUGCCGGCUUCACCCAGGGCAUGCUAGAUGGCAUAAAAGUCGAUAUCAAUCUUUCAUUGGCGCAUAAUGAGCAGGAGCAAAUAGUUUCGGCGUGGGCAGUGCGCUCAUUUCCUACUCGAGGGUCCUUUUUGCUUUCCGGUGACUCAGGUUCGUUUAUUUUUACUAGGGAAUAUUGGAAGGUACCGGGCUUCAAGGACGUGCUUAAAAUCCCACUUCCGAAAAUUAGAAACCGGCCAAGAGAUUUAAUCGUGCUUGGAUUGCUAUUUGCGAGAAGCCUUGACGCUGAACUUGCCUAUUUCAUACCAUUCGAAGCUGUUAAGAAGGAGGUCGAGGCGAUGACCGGCGGAGAAGUGACUUGGCCGGUCAAGGUUGAAGCGCCGUGA